UACUGUUCCCUUUGCCACAUUGUAACUGGUAGGGGAUCCAUAGUGAGCAUGGCCACGGCUGCCUCCAAUCCCUACAGCAUUCUAAGCUCCAGCUCCCUGGUCCAUGCAGAUUCUAGUGGAAUGCAGCAAGGGAGCCCUUUUAGGAAUCCACAGAAACUGCUACAAAGUGACUACCUGCAGGGAGUUCCCACCAAUGGACACCCACUUGGACACCACUGGGUGACCACCUUAAGUGAUGGCAAUCCUUGGUCAACAAGUCUAGGAAACAGCCCUCUGGACCAACAGGAUAUUAAACCAGGGAGAGAAGACCUGCAGCUGGGGGCUAUCAUCCACCACAGGUCGCCCCAUGUUUCCCAUCACUCGCCUCAUACCAACCACCCCAAUGCUUGGGGAGCCAGUCCAGCUCAUAACUCAUCGCUCACCUCCAGCGGACAGCCUAUAAAUGUCUACUCUCAGACUGGCUUCACUGUCAGUGGAAUGCUGGACCAUGGAGGGCUCACCCCACCACCUCAAUCAGGCAACACUCAGAGCUUGCAUUCUGUCCUCAGAGAUGCCACAGACCAUGGGGAUAUUGGGUCCCACCAUUGCCAAGACCACUCUGAUGAGGAGACCCCAACAUCAGAUGAGCUGGAACAAUUUGCCAAGCAGUUCAAACAAAGGAGGAUCAAGCUUGGAUUCACACAGGCAGAUGUGGGAUUGGCACUGGGGACACUCUAUGGAAAUGUCUUUUCCCAGACCACCAUCUGCAGGUUUGAAGCUCUGCAGCUCAGCUUCAAGAAUAUGUGCAAGCUGAAACCUCUGCUGAACAAGUGGCUGGAAGAAGCAGACUCAUCCACAGGUAGUCCCACCAGUAUUGACAAAAUUGCUGCUCAGGGCAGGAAGAGGAAGAAAAGGACCUCCAUUGAGGUGAGUGUGAAAGGAGUCUUGGAGACCCACUUUUUGAAAUGCCCCAAACCUGCUGCCCAAGAGAUCUCCUCGUUGGCAGACAGCCUGCAGUUGGAGAAAGAAGUGGUUCGUGUCUGGUUUUGUAACAGGAGACAAAAAGAGAAAAGAAUGACUCCACCGGGUGACCCACAGCAACACGAUGUGUAUUCUCACAGUGUUAAAACAGAUACAUCGUGUCAUGAGCUUUGACUAUCCCCAGAGGUCAGUGAGAACUGGAGAUUCAGUGGAUUUUAAAAGGGUUCCUUUUUUUAACUUAUGUUUUGGUGGAGAGAAUAAAAAAAAACCAUAAAAAAACCUAGAUAAACCUAAAAAUAACAAAAAUAAGAAAAUAAGACAUGGGAGCUCUAUGUUCCAAAGCUGGCAAUAUAACUGAUAUACAUACAUGCUGUUUACUCUAAACAAGGUUUUAUUGUCUUUCUGGUCUCCACAGAAAGACAGAAACGAUUUGUGCCUCCAAAUCUGCCUUUCUGCGCCUUGGUUUCAUCGCAUUUUUAUCAGGUGACUUUGUUUUACAAUAGAAUAGUAUUUUUUUUGCAUUUUUUUUAAUGUUUUAAUUUUUUUUGUUGUUGUUGCUGUUUUUGUUUGUUUUGUUUUUUCUGUUUUUUUUUUUUUUUGUCGGAGAUGAUCUGGGAUUAUUCUUUAUUGUCUAAGGUGUUUUACUACAACCUGUACACAAUAUUUGUGAAGAUACUUUGUAUUUCUUGGAUCAGAUGCUCUCCCCCCUCAACCCCCACUCUCCCUCCUCCCCAACACCACGAUAAUCAUGUCUCCUCUUAGAAUUUACAAUGUUAGAUGAUGUUCAAGGAAGGAUAUACAGUAUCUGUCAUUAGCUUUUACCAGGAACACCAGGUAACUAAAUGGUUAAAUGGUUUUAAAAAAGAAGUCUGUGUGUUCACUUGCAGCAAUAUUUAAUGGAAGACUGGCUAUAAUAAUCAUUUCUGCAUGCCAUGUAUUGGACUCUGUUCUUAUUUUAUGCCUAAACAUGAUAUCAAUAUGCAUUUAUAGCUUUUUAUUAUAAUUAUUAUUUUAUAACUAUUAUUAUUUUAUUUUAAUUUUUUUUUGUUCUUUAAACUGGCACUUUUCAUGUUAAAUGCACAAUGCAGAAUCUAGCAUUAGGGAGAUUGAAGGAAGAAAACUACCCUCUCUGGCUACCAGGGAUAAGUAAUAGGUCUGUAGUAAAACACCAGUUUGGAUGAUUUUUUAUUUUAUUUUUAAUUUUUGUUUAAUUUAUUUUUUUUAUUUUUGUGGAAAUAUAUUUGUAAUUUAAUGAGCUGUUUUUCUCCUUUGUGCCAUACAAAUACAUCGGCUGAUGCCUCUUGUGUCUCUCCUAUUGUAAGGAUUUGACCCUGUAUUGAGCUGUGAGGACAGAUAUCGAGAUCAGAGAGAGGCAAGGGUCUGUUCUGUUCCCAUAUAACCCACCAAUAUACCUUUGGAUACAUUGAAACAUUAUUUGAUACAUUUUCUACAUACAUAGCUUCCAAAAACACACACAAACACAUACAUUAAUCCAGAUAGACAUAUCCUCUAUUUGUCAUGUUUAUACAUAGUAACUCAAUAUGAUGUGUGUGUGUGUGUGUGUAUAUAUAUAUAUACAUAUAUAUAUACACACAUACAUACACACACACACACACACACACACACACACACACACACACACAUACACACACACACAUACAGAUAAACAGAGAAAGAGCUGCUAAAAUGAAUACAAACUGUGCUAUAUAAAUUAAUGACCCAAACAUUUCAUACUCAUACCUUUAUACAGGGCAUUGGUUGCAUUUAAUUGCAGAAUCAUCAGCCAGCUCACCUCUAGCCCAUUUCACAAAGUUAAAACCCACUUUUAGUUCAUUUUCUACCCAUUGUUCCAUUCUCAAGCUUUGUUCAUUUGGAACAACAUUUAAACUUCACUCCCCUCCCAAAAUAAGAACAAAACAAAAAAAAGAAAAUUAAUUCUGCCAACUUUAUAAGUGUACAGUUUUGUAUAUUAAACCUUUUAAAGUUAUUAAUUUAAGAAAAAAAAAGAUCAUUUACUUUAUUCAUUUAGUACCUGAUGUAUAAUAAACGCUAUUUUCAUUAAAAGUUGCUUUUUUCAACAAUUUUAUUCAAAAUUGCCUAUUACAGUUGCCAAUUAUUUAUUUUCAAUAAAUUUCUGCAUUCUGUUUUAAAAAAAAUGUCUACAGAUGAAAUGAGUGUCAAUAAAAAAAAAU